AGGUGGCUUACAGCGACUUCAAAAACAUGGCGGCGUGAGAUGUCGUUUGCGCCAGUUCGCGCUGUAUUUUACUUUUUGACGCGUUUAAACUAGCUUUCACACCUCGCGAUUUUAACUUUUUAACUUCACUGACGCUUUCUGAAGCGCGUAUAAGGGCGCGCUAAACCGGGUGGACGUAACGAACGUUCUCCAGCAUCCUCCGUUGUCGCCGGCCGCAGUUCGCAUGAGCAUGUCGCUCAACCAAUACAUGCACCCCCGGAACGUUUUCCAGACCCCGCCCGACUUCAAGGACCUGGCCGUGCGGUACCCGGAGUUCCGCAAGCAUGUCAUCUACGACCUGAGCGGCAAGGUCCGCCUGGACUUCAAGAACCACGAGUCCCAGCGCGCGCUGUCCGGGACGCUGCUCAAGCACUACUUCGAGCUGGACGUGCACCUUCCGACAGACCGGCUGGUGCCCGCCGUGCCGCAGAGACUCAACUACGUGCUCUGGCUGGAGGACCUGCUCCGGCUGUUCCCGGACAAAGACAGCGGCGUGGGGAUCGACAUCGGCACGGGAGCGUCAUGCAUUCUGCCCCUGUUGGGACACAAGCAGUGCGGGUGGUCCUUCACGGCCACGGAGACGGACCCUGUCAACCUGGCCCAUGCGACGGAAAACGUGAAACGCAACAACCUCGAGAACCACAUCAAAGUGGUAGCCGUGGGGUCACUGCGGGAGGCUCACGAGGCUGUUGAGGGGGACUCGACGGCAGUAGACUUUGUCGUCUGCAACCCGCCCUUCUUCGGGAGCCCGGAGGAGGCAGAUGCCCAGGGCCGCGCCGAGGAGCAGGGCCGCACCCCUCCGUCCUCGGACAUGUCCGGGGCCGAGGAGGAGAAGGUGUGGCCUGCCGGGGGAGAGGUGGCCUUCGUGCGGGACGUCCUGCUCAAGGACAGCCUCGGACUCCGCGAGAAAGUCCGCCUCUACACUGUCAUGCUGGGAAAAAAGAGCAGUGUCAAGCAGGUCAUGGCCGAGCUGAACGAGCAGGGGGUCAACUGCACGUCCACGGAAUUCUGCCAGGGGAAGACGAUGCGCUGGGGCGUGGCCUGGACCUUCUCGGAUGCCGACCUCGCAAGCGCGCCUGGCACGAGACGUCUGAAGAGCAAGCCCCCUCUGGAGUUCACGCUGCCCCGGAAGCUGAAGGGGGUCAAGUACUGCGUGCCGGGGUUUUUUGUCAGGAUCAAGGAGCUGCUGCAGGAAGUGCAGGUGCCCUUUGAGGUGAUAGCAGACGGCAAAAACAUGUGUCACCUGUGGGUCAAGGCAGAGAGCAACACCUGGUCGCACCAGCGGCGUAGACGCAGGGAGAUGCAGCGCCUGCUGAAGGCACAGCAGCAACAGACACAGCCGGAGACAGCGUCAGAGCCACAGUCACAACCGGAGCCAGAUUCUAAGCCAGAUCCAGAGCUGCAGCAACAGCCGGAGGACAGUUGCACGGAAGAAGCCACGAAGAGGCGACUGUCAGAAGAGGCGCAGACGAUAGGAGCGUCAUGCAAGAAAGCUCGCACUGAAAUUGACCCUGAAGUGCCUCAGCCAGGCGGCGAAGACCGUGCGAGCGCCAGAGAACAAGCAGCAUAUGACACAGAGGAGGUGAUGGAGGUCGAAGCCAAAGAAGACGGGGGUCCAGUCAAGGACAGUCAGUCCUCCAAGGACACUCUCUUCCUGAGCUGUGACGUCCGCGUGCGAAGGACAGCGAACUCUGUCUACCUCCAGCUUCAGACGAGGGAGGGGGAACGUGAAAGCCUCCACCAGCUACUCCAGUAUUUUAAGAAUAAACUCACCUUCCUUUAGUGG